UUUUGGCUCUAAACUCUCCUUAUCUCAUAUCCUACUACUCUCUUGCUUCACUGUUCUUCAAUGGCUACUGUCUCUUCUACAAUCCUUAACUUCUCAUCCUCAUUCAGACCCACUUUCAAACUGAUAAAUGGAAGGUUCAGCAAUGUGAAGUUAGUGUCAUUUGGAAUGCCAAAGAAUGGGUUUCCCUCAUUGAAAUCCUCAUGCCUUAGCAUUUGCUGCGCAGCUAAACCUGAGACACUAGAAAAAAUUUGUGGCAUUGUAAGGAAACAAUUAGCAUUGCCUAGUGAAACUGCUGUCACUCCAGAGUCCAAGUUCAGCACUUUCGGCGCCGAUUCUCUCGAUACGGUGGAGAUAGUGAUGGCUAUAGAAGAGGAAUUCAACAUCAGUGUGGAAGAAGACAGCUCACAGAACAUCACUACUGUUCAGGAAGUAGCAGACCUGGUUCAAGAACUCAUUGAGAAAAAAACUGAGGAAGCUUAAUUCAGAACCAAUUUGAUGGGCAGCAUUUGUUGAAUUCAUCUUUGACUUUGAUUUUAAUUUUGAUUUUGAUGAGUUUUUUUA